AUGUCAUUUUAUGACUAUCAUGGGUGACAAAAUUUGUCAAAUUCAUAUAAAGUCAUGAAAAAUCAUCUAUCAUUCAAAAUUAUUAGUCAAGAAAUCCCAAAAAUUUUCAGAAGGACUAAAUGUGACGGGGGAAAGAAAAACGAAAAAGUUGCUCCAUUAUCCGAAAUUCAUAGAUUUGUUGUGGAUUGUCUCAGCUGCCUCAAUGUUGCAAAAGAAAAAUCUACAGUAUUUGCAGACUCUUUAGUAGCAUCUGAUUACAAAGGAGUGUACAGCCAUGGUUUGAACAGAUUAGAAGCGUAUAUAAAAGAUAUAAGAGAGAAAGCGUGCGAUGCAAACGCAGAUCCAACCAUAUUAACGGAAUGUGCUUCGAUUGCUGCAGUAUGUGGCAAUAAUGGUUUGGGCGCGGUUAUAGGAACGUUUUGCAUGGAUAUAGCUAUUAAAAAAGCGAGGGAAACAGGAAUAGGAAUGGUUGUUACAAACGGCUCGAAUCAUUUCGGAACAAAUAUGUUUUAUACUGAAAAAGCUGUUCGGCAAGGAUUGAUUGGUAUGGCUUUCACAAACACUUCUCCAGUCAUGGUUCCUGCUGGCGCUAAGCAGGUAUGUUUAGGAACGAACCCCAUAUCUAUAGCCGCCCCAGCUGAAUGUGGAGAUUCUCUAGUGGUUGAUAUGGCAACUACAGCAGUCUCAGUGGGAAAGAUUGAAAUGCACCGACGAAAAAAACAGAAAAUACCUCCUACCUGGGCUCUAGAUGAACACGGCAAACCAACAACGGAUCCAGAAGUUGCUAUGAAAAAUCGAAGGUUGAUGCCACUUGGUGGUGACGUCAGUUACAAAGGGACCGCCUUUGCACUUAUGACGGAGUGUCUUAGUAGUAUAAUUGCAGACGCUGCUUACGGACCGAAUGUGAGACUAUGGGGCAUAAAAUCAACCGAACCUGCAAACUUAGGACAUGGCUUCAUAGCAAUAGAUCCUGAUAAAUUCCUACCUGGUUUUAAAAAACGUUUGAGUGACUUGUUGAACUUCAUCCGACACAUGGAACCGGCUGAUCCUAAGCAUCCUUUGUUGAUACCUGGAGAUGCAGAACGAGCUAACAUGAAAAGAACCGACCAAUUAGGAGGUAUUAUUUAUACACCUAGCCACUUAAAAAUGCUAGAAAAACUGACCAAACAGUUUAAUGUCAAACCAAUUCAAUUCAAAUAGAACAUUAGAAUAAAUCAAA